UGCUGUUGCUGUUGCUGUUGCUGUUGCUGUUGCUGUUGCUGCCGAUGCUGACCUUGCGCCUCCCCAUCCGCCGUACUGUCCACACCGGACCUCCGGGUACAUCCACUUCCUUCGUACCUCUCACACGGACGACGGGUGUGACCUGUACCUGAUCCCCAAUUCCCCGUUUCCUACAACGUCAAGUACCCUUGUUUUUAUACCAUUUUCAUGUCCCCGGCGCCCUGGUUGCUACCGCGGAGAGAGCAUCCAUACCGUAAAGCCAUUCCACCACCGUUCUCGUCCCAUCAUCACCCAAAAACGAACCCAGACCUGGGACGCCAGGGCUCCCAUCCCAUCACCCCCAAUCCAAACCUGGCUUACCUGGCUCUAGCUCAUCUCUCCCGCUUUCAGUUCCAGGCCCAGGGGUGUGAACGCUUGUCCUUGUGAGAAAGAGAGAGAGAGAGAGAGAGAGAGAGAGAGAGGAAGGGAGAGAGGGAGAGGGUGGGCGGCUGUGGG